CUUUGCAAGCAGGACGCUUUAGCUUUCUUGCUGGGCAGCGCGCUUGGCUGCUGCUGCUUCUGUUUCUCCGCGGUUUGGCGCAGGAUUGAAGGGAGAGAAGGACUCGGAAGCGGCGAGGGUUUCCAAAGGCAGGCUUGGGGGGGGGAAAUAGGUGGGGGAUACCUGCCCGGGGAGGGGGGGGCACGUCGCGGAGGUGCCCGGGCGUCUCCGCGUGUUAGCAGCCAGGGUUCUCCCCGGGGCUUGCCUUGCCUUUGCCCGCGCCUGCCGACGGGAGGGGCGCUCCGAGUGAGGAGCGGGAGGGCUUUCUGGCGCUCGCGGCUUUGUGGCUCGGGGUCUGCGUGUUUUCGGGGGGCGGGAGGGGGGGGCUGCGCCUGAACCAGCUCGGAAGAAUGACUCUGGAGUCCAUCAUGGCGUGCUGCCUGAGCGAGGAAGCCAAGGAAGCCAGGCGGAUCAACGAUGAGAUCGAGAGGCAGCUCCGCCGAGACAAGCGGGACGCCCGCCGAGAACUCAAGCUGCUGCUUCUGGGUACAGGAGAAAGUGGCAAAAGUACAUUUAUCAAGCAAAUGAGAAUCAUUCAUGGUUCAGGAUAUUCUGAUGAAGACAAAAGGGGGUUCACAAAGCUCGUGUAUCAGAAUAUAUUUACAGCAAUACAGUCUAUGAUCAGAGCUAUGGAUACACUCAGAAUCCCAUACAACUAUGAGCAUAAUAAGGCCAACGCACAACUAGUUCGAGAAAUUGAUAUAGAAAAGGUAUCCUCAUUUGAGAACCCUUAUGUAGAUGCAAUAAAGAGCUUAUGGAAUGAUCCUGGUAUUCAAGAAUGCUAUGACAGACGACGUGAAUAUCAGUUGUCAGAUUCUACUAAAUAUUAUCUCAACGAUUUGGACCGCAUAGCAGGCCCUGGAUAUCUACCCACACAACAAGAUGUUCUUAGAGUUCGAGUUCCAACUACAGGAAUCAUUGAAUAUCCAUUUGACUUACAAAGUGUUAUUUUCAGAAUGGUGGAUGUGGGGGGACAGCGAUCGGAACGAAGAAAAUGGAUACACUGUUUUGAAAAUGUCACCUCCAUUAUGUUUCUAGUAGCUCUUAGCGAAUAUGAUCAAGUACUUGUGGAGUCAGACAAUGAGAAUCGAAUGGAGGAAAGCAAAGCACUAUUUAGGACAAUUAUCACAUAUCCCUGGUUCCAGAAUUCUUCAGUCAUUCUAUUCUUAAAUAAGAAAGACCUUUUAGAGGAGAAAAUAAUGUAUUCACAUCUAGUUGACUAUUUCCCGGAGUAUGAUGGACCUCAGCGAGAUGCACAGGCAGCAAGAGAAUUUAUCUUGAAGAUGUUUGUUGACCUGAAUCCUGAGAGUGAAAAAAUCAUCUACUCCCAUUUCACGUGUGCCACAGACACAGAGAACAUCCGCUUCGUCUUUGCUGCUGUCAAGGACACUAUCUUACAGUUAAACCUAAAGGAGUACAACUUGGUCUAACUGUGCCUCUUAGAUCUCUAUCCACCCACUUUGGGGCAAUUGAAGAUAUUCAAGAGGGACUGUAUUAUUUGUGAAAAUGAUCUGCGUAAUACUAAUUUAUUGCUGGCCUGGACUCUGUUAAUAUUUGCAGAGUUUGUAGUUAAAUAUUACAAUUUUAUUUAAACUUUACAGAGGAAAAGAAACAAAAGAUGCUGAACUACAUUCACAGCUCAUUUCCUCUUUUUUUAAGUCAAAAUUUUGUGACUUAAUGUGUUCUAAAUUCUCAGUUGUGCACUCACAAAAUGAUAGGGGUUUGGGUUGAUUUUUUUUUGUUGUUGUUGUGACUGAAGCAAAAUCAAGUUGGGCUCUCCCUCCUCUUGUCUCUGCCUGUGUCUGUCUUGAUUUAUUUUUUUUCAGGUACAAUACCUAUCCCCACAAAUUUGAUUUUCAGGUGUCCUUCUUAGAUUGGUGGGGGGAGAAAACCUGUCACUAGAAUUGAAGCCAUCAGAAAAGCUACUUUCAUGAGGGAUCAGAUCUGUUGAUGUUCUGAUUUUAUUUAAUUUUUGGCAGAUGUAAAGUAUUCCUACCUUUCCAUAUCAACUUUACACUGAAGGAAUGUUGUUCAUUGGGAAUAUUAAUAGCAGUGUUAUAGAUUUUUAUCCAUAACAGUACCAUAGAAAAAUCAACAAACUACUUAGAAACAUAGCAACAAAUUACCGAGAAAGGACAUUUUUGAAGCAGAUUAGCUGUUUAAUCUGAACUUGCAUUUACUCUCUUCCAAAACCAAUUUUUCAGGGGGAAACCUCCCCCCUCUUUUUUUUUUUUUUUUGCUUCUUAAUCACAGAUGCUAAAUAUAUACCAUGGAGAUAUUAUACCCUGGAACUUCUGCUUUGACUAAUUUUUAAAUCAAGCUAUCUAGUUUUCUCAUCCCAAUUUCAGAUUUUAAAAAAAUUGUGCAGAAACUAUUGGCCAGAUUUGGCUCUUUUCUUCUUAUAAACACAGUGACUACAAAAUAUAAGAUGAUGAUCUAAGAUGCCAAAUUAACUGAUUGGGAAUCUCUUCCAGACAACUGCCAAAUAUUAAAACAACGAGAUUUUAGCUUUUUUGUUUCCUCUUUGUACUAAAAAGCAUUCCAUUUCUCAAUGCCAAGCUUCCCCCAUAACAUUAUGAUUAGAAAAAAUGGUGCUACAUACAUAUGCAUAUGGCCUAAUGAAAAAACAGGUUUAACACUGUAUCUAAAGUGCUAUAAGAUUGGACACUGUUCUUAUUUUCCUUCUUUACUAAGACAC